AAUUUGGGAUUUUCAGCAAGCUCUUGCCAAUUUUUGUGUGCAAUAUAGUUUGUCAUUGAAUGCACUGUGGAUCCUAGAUCUCAGGUUGCCAUGCAUGUACCUUCAAAAAACAGUAAUAAUAGUGAAGUACUAAUAUAUGCUAAUUCAUGUCAGCAACAAUAUUUAUUUACCUACACUCUGUAAAAGAAAGCACAAAGUAUGUUAAAUCACAAAAUCACAUAUUUCUGUCUUUUACAUUGUAGUUAAUUUAUAUAAAUAUAAAAUAUUACCGCAAUUUGCAAAACUCGUGAGGAGUUAGAACACGCUGAAACCCAACGCUCUUUAGGACCGCGGGCUGUCACAUCGCUCUAUAUCUGCUCGCUGCUCUCAAGACUGUGUGAAUUGCUCGAUAAGAAUGGGUUCAGACCGAGCGCGCGCACUCUGUCAUCUCACGCAGCCAGAUCGCAACGCGGCAAUUUAACCACAAUCUGAUGAAGUAACAACAACAGGGAAAAAGUGGAUCUUCAUGCACACAUUCCCGGGAAUAUACCAGUGGGCUUCAGGAUGAAGACACCGAUGCGUCAUGGAGUAGCCGUGUUUCUCGCCAUCACCAUGUGCACCAGUCUGUUCUUGCUGUACAGCGUCAGCUAUAAUAAUGACAGUACAGCAUCCAGCGCAUCUAAGGGCGCGUCGGGUGAGAAAGCGGAGCCCACCAAAGAGACCGUUAACGCGCACCGGACACCUGUACCACUGCAGGGAUACAGCGGCAUCAUUGACCACAAGCCUCUGAAGAUGCACUGCAGCAGCUGCGCGCUGGUCACCAGCUCGGGUCAUCUGACCGGCGGGGGGCGCGGAAAAGAGAUUGAUCAGGCCGAGUGCGUCAUCCGGAUGAAUGACGCGCCGACCGCCCGCGGUUAUGGGGUGGACGUGGGUCAGCGCACCAGCCUGAGGGUCAUCGCUCAUUCCAGCAUGCAGCGAGUACUACGCAGCCGUCAGGAACUCCUCAACUCCAGCCAGGACACAGUCUUUAUCUUCUGGGGACCCAGCAGUUACAUGCGGCGUGACGGAAAGGGUCUGGUUUACAACAACCUGCGGCUUAUGAACCAAGUGCUGCCCAAACUCAAGGUCUACAUCAUCUCCUGGCAAAAAAUGCUGCAGUUUGAUGAUGUUUUCAAAAGAGAGACAGGCAAAGACAGGAGAAUCUCUAAUUCCUGGUUAAGCACAGGCUGGUUCACAAUGACUAUAGCCUUAGAGCUUUGUGACAGAAUCAAUGUUUAUGGCAUGGUGCCUCCAGAUUUUUGUAGGGAGUCACAGCACCCCUCUGUACCAUAUCACUACUAUGAACCAACGGGUCCAGACGAAUGUGCCAUGUACAUCUCCCACGAGCGGGGCCGUCGAGGCAGCCACCAUCGCUUUAUCACAGAGAAGCGGGUUUUCACUAACUGGGCUCGGAUAUACAACAUCCAUUUCUACCAGCCGGACUGGAGCCCUCCACCGUUACCCAGAAACAGCACGGAGACCACAGGCUCGCCCCGAACGCAGAAGACGUGACUCUGACUAGAGCCUUUGUCAAACUUAAACUGCAUCGGAUAGAUCACUGGCUAUUUGCCAUGUGGAUGGAGCUUUACGUGUUUGACUGUGAGAGGGCAAAUUCUGAGUGAACUUUCUCAGAGUCAUAAAAGACUGAUGCUUAAACCAUUUCUUUUGCUCAUUUAUAGUUAAGUAUAUAAAAGGCAUUGCAAUGGCCUGUAGGCAUCUGUCCGAGACCAUAUCUUUAGAUCAUCAAUGAAUAGCAACCCUUAUGAACAACCAGCUGAGGUUCACUGGAUGUUCUUAAUUUUAUGCUGUGUGAGGAAUUGUGGUAGGGCUUGAAUAAAAAAAACAGUUAACACGUAGGGUUUGAUGCCAAAUGCUAUGGAAUGAUGGAACAGGUGUUAAAGUUAACACAAAAUGUAAGGUGAUAGUUUUCUGUGUGAAACAGGACUGAGGUAAUAUUAGAGGGUAAAUGAAUGGGCUGUAUGCAUGUAUAACUUCCGCGUUUCACAGGAAGAACCCAGUUUCCGGUUGGGGAGAUAAAGCAGAGAGAAAUGGAAAAAUGGUUAAAUUUAGCAGAUGCUGUACAUUGCGGCACACAGCAGUGAUAUAUAGAAGUGCUGUUCUACUGUAUUUGAAAUGAUACUUUCAUAAGUUAACAUUUAGUUAUAACAUUAAAAUAUGGUAGAACGCCACUUCUAUAUACCACUGCUGUGUGCCGCAAUGUACAGCAUCUGCUAAAUUUAACUAUUUUCUCAUUUUUCCAUUUCUCUCUGCUUUACAUUUACGCAUUUGGCAGACACUUUGAAAGCGACUUACAUUGCAUUAUCCUAUACAUUUAUACAUAGGUAUGUGCAAUCCCCUGGGAUCGAACCCACAACCUUGCUCUUACACAAUGCUCUUACCACUGAGCUACAGGAAACAUGGAAGUCACGCAUGCAUAGAGCCCAUUGGCCCAGUGUGACACCUAUAAUGACCCCAUAAUAUACCGAAAGCAUAUUGCUGUAAAACAGCUGCGAAAAAACAUACUAAUCGAAAUUUAUGGGGAAUAUAUGACGAAGUACAUUUUUUAAAAAUAAUUUAUCUUUUGCCAAUUAUCUAUUUUCUAGCCCCUACUGGAUUGAUUAUAUUUGAGAAAUCUUUAUUUAUUUUACAAUAUUCUUUUUGGGGAUCAAUUACUGUAUGUUUGCACAUUAUAAAUUGUUUAACAGAACAUAAAAGGCACAAACAGUUGUAUUUGAUUGAAAGUCCAAUUUUAAGUGGUUUAACAUGAAUAAAAGUG